ACACAAGACUACGGAACGCAAGUGUUCAUUACUUUGUCAAACGACCAACGUUCCCCAGCAGUUUGAUCAAGUCAAAAUAGCUUUUUCAUUUUAAUUUUUCCAACGUUUAACAUCGUUCAGUCGAGAUAUAAGAAAUUAAUUAAGUCGAAGCUCUUAAACGAUAAAAAUAUCUAACUCAGAUGCUUCAUAAAUGUUUGUGCAAUCUCAUCGUAAUAAAAUGAAAGUUUCGUUUAUUAAUGCGAUUAUUCUGUGUUUAUUAUUAAGUAAUGAAGUUGCUUCCCCAAAUGUAAUUACAAAUGUUUUCAAAUCCGUUAAAGAUACCGCCACUGGUAUAGUCAAGAAAAUACCAAGUUCAGUACCGAGCGUUGAAACGAUAUUUUCUGCCAGUAAAAAUCUUAUCGCAGGAUAUCCUUUGAAAGCCCUCUUUAAAACAAUUAAUUUAUUUUGUUCGACCGCACUCUCUAAGGACCAAAUAAAACCACAAAAGAAGGUGUCACCGCACGUGAGCCAAAUGAAUUUGGUGUUUCUGACGAAAAAUAAAAAAUUUUCAGUUCCACUCCAAUAUCCCGACUUGUUGUGGAGUCAUAGCGAAUUUCGAACAGAUCUGAACAGCGUAAUAUUGGUGACUGGUUGGACAUCUAACAUUAACGAAACCAAUGAUGCUAUGAAAGCAUUGUGGAAUGCAUACAGAUGCCGUGGAAAUAUUAAUUUCAUCGCCUUGGAUACUGGUGCCUUCGUAGAUACAUUGUAUACUUGGUCUGCUUUCAAUACUGAAGCGGUCGGAUAUUUGCUUGCUAAAGCACUAGUGAGUCUAGUUUCGUUCUAUCCAGUUGAAAAAAUUCACUUAAUUGGACAUUCACUUGGUGCCCAUAUUGCGGGAAGUGCUGGGCGAAAUCUAAAUUCAAUGACUUCUCAGUUAAUACCACGAAUUACUGGACUAGAUCCGGCCAAUCCAUGCUUCAACGAAGGUGAGGACCUAACAGGAUUAUCUCGAGGCGACGCCGAUUUCAUAGAUGUAAUACACACAAACCCUGGUGUUCUCGGUAAACGAGAUGCUAUAGGUGACUGUGACUUCUAUCCGAAUGGAGUAAGACCGUUACCGCCUGGAUGCCUGUCCAUUAUAUGUGCUCAUUCGCGAGCCUGGGAGUUCUAUGCGGAAACAGUUUAUCCAGGGAACGAAUAUACAUUCAUGGCGGUCAAAUGCAAUUCUCUACCCGCACUGAAUUCCGGUUAUUGUCGUGGAAACAAAUAUCCAAUGGGGUUCGCAGUGCCUUAUAACAUUAAAGGAAGCUAUUUCUUGAAAACGAAACGAUAUAGUCCGUUUGGAGAAGAGAGUAAAAAAAUGUCAGAUAUAGUUUGCAGUAAGGGCUAAUGGAAAAGGGCAAUCAAAGAGGAAUGUAAAGUGUGUACAAUUGAAUCAAAAAUAAAGAAAAACAUU